AGAGUUCUCUAUUUGUUCGGGCGGUGACACGGAAGUUAGCAUCUAACAUUUAGCAUUGCUAAAGUUUGUCAGGUUGCUCGCUACAAGACAUCAAUAUGUUGAAAGAGUUGGUGAAAGAGCGACUAAUGGCGGCAGCUGAUGAAAUAUUCGCGCUGUUUGAGAGAACGAUAACGUCGUACGAGGAGGAACUUUCUCAAACGAGAGAGGAGAAGGAGCGACAUCGACAACAACUGGAAGCUGUCUGCAAAACUCAAGUUGUGCUACACGUUGAAGACGUCCAGCAGCUCAUUGGUCAAGGAGAACGUCCCCCAGUGCCACAAGAGGAAAGCUCUAAUUUGAAGCAGGAGGAUCCACAGCCCCCCGAUCUUAAAGAGGAAGUGGAGGGAGAUUUGAUCAGUCAGUCAGGAGAAGAGUGUCUUCUCGGGCCGCAGGAGGCUGAUCUCAGUACGUUGCCUAUGACUGGUGUCUCUGUGAAUACUGAAGACCAUGAAGACAAACCACAAGUUGACAACGUCGUAGCUCCUCUAGAGUGCGACGACAUAACAUCACACUCUGCUGAGGAUGAAGACGAGGACUACACCCAAGAACCUUUGAGCAGCGAUACAGACUGUGAGGAUGGUAUGAGGACUCGGACUAAUAAAAGGAAUUCUGCGAGACACAAGAGAACACGCAGGGGAGAAAAAUCUUACUUUUGCUCAGUUUGCGUCAAAACAUUUUCUAAAAAGUCCACAUUAACGGUACACAUGAGAACACACACGGGAGAAAAAUCUUACAGUUGCUCAGUUUGUGGUGAUAAAUUCUCUGUUAAGGCCACGUUGACUGCGCACAUGAGAACACACACAGGAGAAAAGCCUUUCAAGUGCUCAGUUUGCUGCGAUACAUUUUCUGUAAAGUCCACAUUGACUGCACACAUGAGAACGCACACGGGAGAAAAACCUUUCAUUUGCUCACUUUGCAGCAAAAAGUUUUCUCAUAGGCCCGGGUUAACUGCACACAUGAGGACGCACACAGGCGAAAAACCUUUCAAUUGCUCAGUUUGCGGUGGUACGUUUUCUCGGAAGCACACGUUGACUGCACACAUGAGAACGCACACCGGGGAAAAACCUUUCGUUUGCUCAGUUUGCUGCAGUAGUUUUUCUCAUAAGACAACGUUGACUUUACACAUGAGAACACACACAGGAGAAAAACCUUUUAUUUGUUCAGUUUGUGGUGACACAUUUUCCAGAAGGGACAAACUGAAAUUACACAUCAGAACACACACAGGAGAAAAACCUUUUACUUGCUUAAUUUGUGGCGAUACAUUUUCCAGGAGAGACCACCUGAAGUCACACAUGAGAAAACACACACGAUGAAAACUUUUUAGUUGUGCGGUUUUGUGAUCAAGGUUACUAUGCAAAGUUGACAGCACACAUUCCUGUCCAGUUUGUGCUACACGAUUGUCAAGUUGUGGGCUUGGAAUGUCUCGUGUGAGAAGUACUAAUCUUAGUAGUAGUUUAUUUCUGACAUGUUUACGUCACUUAGAUAGUGAUGAUCUGUUGUGUGUAUGAUACCAGAUUCCCUCAUGAGUUCCAGGUUAGAGUGCCACUAAGAACAGCAGCGACAUUAUUUUAGCUCGACUCUGAAGCAAAUAGGAAGUGUUGACUAACAAGCUCAGGCAGUCUGAUUGUUUGAGGACAACAUGGAUAGAGUUUCCCCUCACAUCAAGAGUGUCUGGUACAUUAUCUGUCUUUAUGAUGGCACCAACCUAUACUUCAUUCUUUAAUCACAGAGAAUUUAUCAUGUUAUCUGACUCACUCAUUCCUUCUUUCACUUCUGGAACACUCUGUUAUUUCUGCCUGCCACUGAUGUGUUUUGUAUGAAGUCUGAUACAUUAAACAUUCUGUAACAUG